AUAACGACACGCCCGCAAGCCCGGGUCUAGUAACUUUCUUACCGGGCUAGUAACUCUAUGCACUUGCCUGCCCGUGUGUCUGGCAAUUUUACAGCCCCUUUGCACGGAGCGUCUAUUACAAGCAUUACGGCCGUCAUCGCGAACCUAUUUUUGCUAUUGUAAACCUCUCUUGCACAACAUAAGAUUGGUCUUAUUUCGCACACGCUGCAUUCGUGUCUUAAUAAUUUGUUUAUUCAAAUGUUUUUGUCCCUUCUGAUAACCCGUAGGGUUCAUGCUGUGUGUUGCCCACGAUAACAUGUAAUAAAGUUAGCGUUCAAUCUUAUAGGUAAGCCACGUCAUUUUACGGUGAACAUAAUCUUGGUUUUAGAAGUUAAGGUCACACAGGAGUAUAUUUGUAAUGAGUUUGCCUGAAUGCUAAUCGUGUACACUGUUAAAUGUUGGGUGAUUUGUAUAACUAGCACUUUUAAAUCAUUUGUAAAACAUAAAAAAUGGAUGGAGAUGUCAAUGAGGAGAUGUUAGAUCUAGCAGUGACAUACGGUGAGGUUCGUGGCUGGCGAGGCAGACACUUCCACUUUCAGUCAGAUUUACGAGUAGGCCUAUCUUAAUCACUAUAAAAUCUGCCAUUUUGACGAACAAGGUCAUAAACGUCAAAGACAUAACGUAGCCUCAUAACGUAGCUCAGAUCAACGGCAGAACAAGCAUAACCCCGACUGGUGCGCUCUCGCACGUCCCCCUCAUUGAGGCAGAGCUAGCUACUGUGUUUGCCUCCCUUCUGCGUUUUCACUGCAGUUGAUCUAGUAAUGGCCCUAUUCACUUUUGAUUUUAUUUAAGGUUUGUCUUAGGGAUUUCGCAGAUUAUUAUACAAAAAAACUCCAAACUCCAUACACCCACCAUAAUAAUAAUAAUAGGCCUAUAGAAAAAAAAAUGACUAUAACAAGUCAACAAGUUUAGUAGUCCAAGGGCUUGGCCCUAUACCACAUUUAGCUCUGCCUCCUCUGCCUCCCCUGACUGCAAGUCUGUGAGUAAUAGUAGUAAUAUAAUCAGAACUAGCAUUAAAUGUACUGUAUAAAGAAUGAAUAAAUACAUGUUCACAAUCAAUCUUAUAGAUGCUGUGCAAGAGAGGUUGACAAUAACAAAGCAAAAUCAUGCUCCGUCAGUGGUGUGGUCUCACGCCUAACCAACCACCUGAAAAGAAAAAGAAAAUGGAUUUAAAGGAAGUGAAUAAGGCAUACGAUGCCACUAAAAGGAAACGAAGUGUAGUGCCUGCAUGGAAAGCAGAAUUUCCUUGGUUGAUUGUGGACGAAAGUGAAACUUUAUUCUGCCUGCCAUGUCAAACUGUAUACGGCCCCCAUGCUGAAACCCGACAACAGAGGGAUAUCUUCAGAAAGCGAAGUCAAGGUUCCUUUGUCAAAGGGUGUCAAAACCUGAAGCAUGACACUUUAGUCUGUCACCAACGAUCUGACGGCCACAAGGAAGCCCAGGAGAAGUAUGAGGCCAGGAAUAAGAAGAAAGGUGAGAGCAUAGCCGAGAAGACCAUUGAGACUUUGAAUACUAAAGUAUUUCAGAAGCUCAAGAUACUCUUCAUAAAUGCCCACGCCCUUGCCAUGCACUGCAGACCAGUUUCUGAUUUCAAAUGGAUGUGUGAGAUGGAUGAGAAGAAGGGCCUGGAUCUCGGCAGCACCUACAGAAAUGAAAAGAGCUGUAAGGAGUUUUUGGUUGCUAUAGCCGAAAUCACCCGUCUAGCAAUUGAAGACAAGGUAAAGAGUGCUAAGUUUAUCACAAUAAUGUCCGACGGAUCAACAGAUGUCUCUGCCACUGAACAAGAGAUUGUUUACUUGCACUUUGCAGUGGAUGGCAAGACUCACUGCAAUUUCCUUGGACUUGUACAGUGUGACAAACCAGAUGCCAAUGGCAUCUAUGAUGCUAUAAUGCAAGCUGUAAAGCUCCCGGGGAUCCCAAAGGAAGAAAUGAUGAAGAAGAUUGUGGGAUUUGCUGGCGAUGGGGCGGCUGUCAACACCGGGAAAAAGGCUGGGGUGAUCGCUCUCAUGCGGGAAAGAAUCAGUGGAGACAUACUGAUGGUGCAGUGCAUGGCCCAUAGGGUGGAAUUGGCCUUCAAAGAAGCCAUGAAACAAGCCUCUUUGUUCAUCAAAGUCUAUGUCCUCCUGGAUGCUCUGUACAAGCUUUACAGGAUCCCUAAACAGGCCGCUGGUUUGAAGGCAGCUUUCAGUACCACCAACAUCUCCAAGAUCUGGCCUGUCCGAGUUGGAGGAACGCGCUGGGUUAGCCAUACCCACACAGCACUGCAAAACAUGUUGCGUGGUUACCGUGCAAUUGUUCUUCAUCUCAGUCAAGACAUUUGAUAAUAAUAACAUGUUAUUAACAGCCCGAUGAAUUUUCUGUUGCAUGAAUGAUAUCAUCUGAUAUCCACUGUGGCAACAUAUUGAAAUACAUUUUUGUAAAUUGAAAUUAAAAAAAAAUAUUAAAUGAAUUGCAGGUUGCCACCACCAGGACAGCUAGUGGUAUGCAAGCAAAGGCAAAAGGUCUCCUGAAAACGCUGCGCUCCAAAGAUGCCAUGACUUUUGCCCACUUCCUAAGUGACAUUCUGGCCGUUCUCUCCAAACUGUCGAAGACGCUGCAGCAGAGAGAAGUUUGUACCUAUCAUGUACAUGAAGCACUGAAGGCCACAAUGACCAGCAUCAACAAAUUCAAGGACCGGGCAGGACCUGAGCAGCGGAAACUCCAGCAGGGAGACUGUAACUCCUUUGAAGGUCAGACCCUAACAGGGGUAGACCACUCUUCAGGCCAGAUUGAGAAGGUCGUUGAGGCAUUGGUUGGUUCACUAGCCCGGAGAUUCAGUGACAUGGGAGGUGAAGUCCUCAAAGCUACAAAAAUAGCGGACAUGCAGUCAUGGCCUCAGGAGCAUGAAGAUGAUUUUGGGGAUGACUUCAUUGGAGUGAUUAUCGACCACUACAGGGAGCACUUCGACAAUGUUGGAGUAGAUGUAAGUGCAAUCGAAGCAGAGUGGACCUCCCUCAAACAAGCAUUGUACGAAAACCAGGGGAACAAGAUUCACUCCAUGUCCUGGCCAUCUGUGUUUGAGCUUUACAAGAGCACGUUUCCAAAUAUCCUGCAUGUAAUUGAUCUGGUCUUAUCACUCCCUGCCGCCACCUCUGAGUGUGAGAGAGGAUUCUCUCAAAUGAAGAUUACCAAGUCCCAGUACAGGAAUAGACUGAAGGCUACCACCAUGACAAUGCUCAUGACAAUUCAGCUGCACUCAGAACCUACAAAGGAUUUUGAUCCAUCAUCUGCCAUUCACCAGUGGAAUCAAAACCACAAUCGCAGACCCAACUUCAUGGAGGGAAGAAAGAAAGGCAGAAUGGCAGCUUUGGAGGGAGCCAAACAAGUGCAGGAAGAGAUUGAUGGAGUUGACGGAGUGGAUGGUGCUCAAAUGGUUGCUGAAGCUGCUGGGGGUGCAGUAGUUGAAGCUGAAACCAAUGAGAUAAACUCUGAUGACUCAGACUGGUUUACAGACAUGGAGGAUAAUGUAGAUUCUGACGAUGGUGAGAUGGAAGAUAGAGGUCUUGUUGGUGAGGAUGAGGAAUGAUUGUGGUAGUCUGUUGUAGACCAAUUACUACUGCUAUUACAGCAAGUAUUACGGUUUGUAUUACCAUUUUGCCUAAAUGAACUGAUGUUGAUCGUUUGAUCCACUGCUAAUAUUGUUCAUGUCCCUUGUUCUCAGUCUGUUGUUCUACUUUAAUAAAUUAUUGUUUGUAA